CACCAUCCGCUUCAGACGCCGGUCUUAUCUCAUUCUUUUUGGCUCUGCUCUAUCUGUUCCCUCAUCCUCUGGCUCCAGCAACGUUGGUUUCGGCGUCAAGAUUCAUAGACGCAUGCGUCAUAAAUCCUAUGCUCCCUGUGCUACAUGAGAGGAGGAGCGUGACGGAAUCUUCCGACAUCCAUUGUAUCCAUCACCCAACGAGAUAUUGAUAGAAUGGGCUGGGAACAAGCUGGACGAGUAGGGAGCGCGUAAUGAGAGGAGAGCUAAUGCGGCUUCAUAAGUGUUAGCCCCAAACCUGUACCUCGCGGUUUUCUCGGCUUGGAACACCCCGAUGAUGGUAGAUGCGAUGCCUUCUGCCUCGUAUUCGCCCCGUCGCUCGUUCUGGACACGUUCUGCAAGCUGCCGUGCAUCUGGUGCUGCACAGAUGUCAUGAAGUCUUGAAACGGAAUGGGCUAGGUACACUCCACGGUGCGGUGGAUCAUCUGGAACCGCCACAAUCUCUAUCAAGGGAAGAACGAGGGGGGGCUCCAUCUGACCAAUCCCCUUGCUCUGUUACACCUGAUUCGUGACGGUACAAUCUUGUUGGGCGUAAAUGACGUGCAGUAUCAGAAGGGGAUGGGCUAAGAACCCGGACACGGCGCAACGAGGUCCUUCAUAGUAUCUAUGACAAAACAAGCCCAAAGGGAGCACGUUACCGAUACGUUCUCGUUGAUCAACUAAGCCCGAUGCUCAUCCCCUUCACAGCAUCUUUAGCCGGCAGCCCUACCAUCAUGGGCAGAGGGCGCACAUUCAACAACAGAGAAAGAGUCCAGGAGCGAUGAAUGCCUGGAGGCCCUGGCCGCAUAUCGAAGAUUCCCAGCUCAUCUCGCUUGCGCGGCCACUCAAUUCGCGGUGGAUUUGGAAUGCCGUGCAUCAGAUAUUGCGGUUGGAUGGCCGACUGCGAAGGCUGGCGGGUUCGAGUUUGCGCAGAAAGAGAUCGACAAGCCAGCUUCUCGCAGGGCCGGAGCACAUAUCGCUGGGUUAGCACAUGUCGCUGGCUUCGAAAUGGGCACCUACGACAACUCGGCGAACAUCCACGUCGGGCUCCGCGAGACGCAGGCAUUCCAUGCCCGCCGACCUUUACUGUGGAUGUUUUCUGCUCAGUUGUUCUCUUUGCUCCAGGCGAAUCAGGAGCCCACGGUCUCGCAAAGCUGGCCGGAGACCCAACACUUCCGUGUCCUCAUCGAUUGUACGGCAAACAGCAACGGCGCAAAGGUCUGGGAAUGUCCCAGAACGUGUCUUCAAAUCCCUGCUGGGACUAGGACUUUCAGCGUGUACCAGAUUGCUGGGCAAAUCACCCAAUGUCCUGAGCUGCAGCGAGUACGAGUGUGGUACGGGGAUGUCGCACUCGUUGCGGAUGAAGGGGAUCUGAUGCAUCGCGGUGGCCGGGGGUGGUCGGGGAGACGACACAAAAGCCCAGCUGUAUCUUUGCCGGGCCUCAUCGUAUUCACUUGGUUAUUCACUGCCCUAGCACAAAAUGCCUAACCGGAAGGGAUGGAUCUACAGAAAACUAGAUAGACUUUCUACAGAACGGUAGCAGAAACCUGCGGAUAGUGUGCAUUUCUCACGUUUAGUUGAAGGGGUCAGCGCGAUGUUUCCAGUUUCUAUGUCCCGUCAUCGUCGUCGGCGUUGUAAGUAUGCGAUCCACCGGUUCCCUCCCCCGACGUACAGAUCAGUACAUUCAUCGUUGUUCCUUCAUUCACGCCCACAGUAUGGCAUCAUCGUGGUUCCCUGGGCGACCUUCAGGGCUGCGGCCGGAUACUAGUAUCUCCUUCCGGCCGACCCAACGUGGGUCAGCUUGUUCUGGCCCAUUCCUCGAGUCGGCCGGUAAACGUGCUCCACGUUGGCUGCAUCGGACAGACACAGAUGUGGAGUGGCUUCGACUACGCCGCGUGCAGCUUCUCGUACAUCUUUCGCGUCGUAGCCCGAACGGGUUGUCGGCAAGCUUCAGAGUUGGACAAAGAUUUCUAACACGCUGGAGAAGUACCAACGGAUCCAGGGCCUCUACUGGCAGAGGCUUCAUUGACUAGCGAUGCGGAUGUGAGACAAGAUGUGGACUCUGGCGAUUUCCGAGCCUGGUUAAGGGGCAGUGCUGUCCCUCAGAAGUCCGAAGGAUUGAGGUCUGAUUUUGCGCAUCGCGACGAGAAAGGCCAAUCAUGCAGACGUCGGCAUCGGUCGUCUAAGGACAUGGCCGAGCCAUGCCGAUGGCAGGUAGGAUAAAGAUAGGCGAGCGACGACCGAAAGCACCCGUUUUCGCUGCCCAUUGGUCUUAUGGCGACACAUCGGGCCGCAGCGCACCGUCAGACAGGGCAACGGCAGAGCAGA